UGUCUUUACAACAAAAGUAAAUGAUGAUGCUGUUCAAACUGGGCCAAGGAAGAGCAAAUUUUUGGGGAAGAAGAGGAAGAAGAUUGCGCUAGAUAUUAAAUUAAAUAAUUAGUUAAACACCAGAAUAAGGGUGUUUUGCCUGUGGAAUGGACACUGGUUUCAGAGUGUAUAACUGUGAUCCACUGAAAGAAAAAGAAAGACAAGAUUUCUCAGAUGGAGGAAUUGGUUAUGUUGAAAUGCUCUUCCGAUGCAAUUACCUAGCUCUUGUAGGUGGAGGCACGCAUCCAAAGUAUCCCACCAACAAAGUUAUGGUGUGGGAUGACCUUAAAAAGAAGCAUGUGAUUGAAUUAGAGUUUGCGUCAGAUGUGCGUGGAGUGAGGUUACGAAGGGACCGUAUCGUUGUUAUCCUUGAUACGAUGAUAAAGGUGUACACAUUUACGUCAAAUCCACAGCAGCUUCAUGUUUUUGAUACAGCAAAUAACCCCAAAGGCUUGUGUGUACUCUGCCCUAAUAGCAACAACUCUCUACUGGCUUUUCCUGGCCCUCGUGCUGGUCACGUGCUCAUCAUUGACCUUGCUGAUACAGAAAAAUCUCUACUUGACAUCAUGGCACAUGACUCCCCUCUUAGUUGUAUAGCUCUUAAUCUUCCUGGGACAAAGUUAGCUACAGCCUCAGAAAAGGGAACUUUGAUUAGAAUUUUUGAUACAGCAAAUGGGCAGCAACUGAAUGAACUCAGACGAGGUGCUAAUGUGGCAACAAUUUAUUGCAUUAACUUCAGUCAUGACUCUUCAUUGUUGUGUGUUUCAAGUGAUCAUGGCACUGUGCAUGUAUUUUCAACAGAAGAUGAAGACAAGAAAAAUAAGCAGUCUAGUUUAGCAUCAGCAUCCUUCUUACCAAAGUACUUCAGUAGUAAAUGGAGUUUCUGCAAGUUUGAAGUCCCUGGAGGAUCACAGUGUAUAUGUGCCUUUGGUCCAUCUAGCAAUUCUGUCAUAGCAAUAUGUGCAGAUGGCAGUUUCUACAAGUUUAGCAUCAACGGAAAAGGGGAAAGCACUCGAGAAGUGUAUGCUCAUUUUUUAGAAAUGACUGAUGAUAAAGCAUAGUAUUGGGCAGCCACAUAAUAUCAGGUAGAGCAGCCAUUGCUUGUUACUUUUCUUGAGGCAGUGAAUAUGGAUUUUAUAUUUCUUGACACAAAUUCUUCCUUGAUCUUCAUAUAAUUACAGUAAACUGGUAUUGCUUAUACAUUAUAAGUAUAUAUACAGGAAAAUAUUCUUCAGAUGAAUAUGCUUUCAAGCACUAGCAAUGGGGAAUAGAAAAACUUGACCAUGAUACAUGUCUUGCCAUAUUUGAGUCUCGUUCAUGUCAGCCUUAUUUCUCCAUUCUCAUUGGCUCUUUCCUGUUUGAGAUGGUUUGCCUUCUUGGGAUAAUUGUAUGAUGUUCUUUACAUUUUACAUGCAGCAUUCAUUGAGGUCUGCAUUUAGGCAAUAAUAAAUGUAGUCUGUGUCCCCUUUGCCAUAGCAUCAUUGUUUCAUUUUUCAUCAGUUUUUUCUUAUUCUCCAUUUUGAGGUAGAAUUUUUCCAUCCACUUUUUCACUGUGAUUUUUUUUACCUGCUUUUAAGGAAGAAUUCUGUGGACCAUUGCUAUGCAGCAAAAACUUAUCUGGUCUGGUUAACUUGAUUUGAUGUUAUGCGAAUUUGAUUGGUGGAAGCUCUGAAUAGUGUUUUGAAUAUAAAGUUCAUGCAUGUGCCUGUUGCCAAUUUUGAACUAAUAUUUAAAUAUUUGUGAUUAGGCCACAUUACAGUUAAGUUCCUAAUGCUCCGUAAAUAUAUGAUUAGGAUUAGAACGUCAUUGCAUUUAAGAAGGGACAGUCUGUGAUUUGUGAAGUUGGCACUGUUAAACGUGUACUAGUAGGUUCCAGAGCAUUAUUGGUUUUAAUGUAGUUUUUUUAUGGUGUAUCACUUGACAAAAAAUUAUAGGUUUUCUAAAGCUUUAUCAAAAUUACUUUAAUUUGUACCAUCUGCUCUCAGGGAAGCAUAAGGUUGGUGACCACCAAAGAUUACUAGUGAUCUACUAAUCCAUGGAGUAGUGGAAUAGUUGAAGCAUUUUGCAUGAAAAAAGAACAAUUUUCUGGCAAGAUAUGUACCAUGUUCUGAGUUCUUUGCCACAGUUUAUAUACAAUCGUACCUUGAAUUCCUUAGAUAUUGCAACAGUUUUCAAUAUUGUUUUACUCAAAUGCUGGAGCUGUUCUGUCCUUGAAAAACUUCCUUAAAUUCCACUGAUAUAUUUUUGAUGAAGCAUAUGAACUUAUUGGUUAAGUCUUUUCAUAAUUUUGUGAUUUCUUCAAUUCAAAGGUAUUGGUUCUACUUUAUGGUUCUUUGAGGAAGUGCUAAUUUCAAAGUGCAACCUGUGCAUUAUUUGACUGAGACACGAGUAAAAUACUGAAUGUUGAAAUUUAUGUAAUGGCAUUAUUUUUGUAUUCUGAUACUUGUAUUUCAAUUAGCCUUUCAUAAAUUUUAAUUGACUGAUAGCCUCAUAUAUUGAUCAUUCAGUACAAAUUAUGUUGGUUAAAAAUUCAUUGUAAGAAAAUUUGAAUGUUAUCCAUCCAGGUUAGAUAGUAUAUGUGUCACAAAGUAGAUACUAAGGCAAAUCUUUUCCAUGAGACUAUCAGGCUUUUGUCCAAGGUGUAAAUAUUGUAGAAAUAUAGAGUAGGUAUUGUUAUUAUUGUAUGUAUGAGGAUUAUAUGCAAGCUAUUAUUAUUAUAUAUAUAUACUGUAUAUUUUCUUUGAUAAUUGGAGGUUGGACAGAUAGAACUUUGUUGCCAAAGAAGCAAGAUCUUAAGUUAAGAUGUAUUGAAUUGGAACUGGUUGUAAUAUUUUGUUCCAUUAUUUUACUAUGUUAAACUAGCACAUGGCAGUCAUAUAUAUUUCAUGUAGCCUUUGCUUAUGGAUUUUGGUGAUUUAAUAUAUUUUACUUAUGUCAGUUUUAAGACAAAAGAAAAACUGAAUGGGAAACAUAAUUGCUUAAUUUACCAGCUGUACUUAUUUACACCUUGUUUUCCAUAAAAGUAUUUACGGUAACUUGCAGAAAUCUUGGGUGUGUUGUAGAAUGCAUAUUUAGACCGAACGGUUGGAAGUUCUGAUAUUUUAAAUUAAUAAACUGUUGGGCAUUAUGAAGCAUAAGGGAUGGGCUCAGAUUUGAUAUAAACUUUUUAUAUAUUGGAUAUAAACUCAUUUACUGAUGUUGCAUUCUUUUAAUUUGUUUCCGCUAUUUGGUCACUACAUUGAUUCCAUUUAUACGUAUAUUGUAUUUUUGUCAAUUUGGUAACUAUGAAAAGCUUAAUUUGAGAUUAAUUCAAUGUUUCUAAGGGAAUUGAUGCAAGUUAUUAUAAUGUGAUUUUCA